CAACAGUAGCUCGUUGUGGGACGAAGCAAUGGCCAUGCACAUACACAUUUUACGUAUGGGUGCUCCCGGGAAUCGAAUUCAUAAUUCUUGCGUUGCAAGCGCCAUGCUGUACCAACUGAGCUACAGGACCAAAGACAACAAUAGCCAACGAGUUUAAAUGAGGAUGAUCCACAUGAUCAUCAAAGUUUGGAAGGUCAAGUCCAGAAAAUGAAGAAUGAUAUCCUGGGUUUAAACUAUCCAGAAGAUAGUGAAGUGAAGGAUCCCCUGCCUCAGAUCGAGCUGAAGGCUGUGACAAGGAGAAAAGUUAAGACCAAGAGGAAGACCAGUGCCAACAGGCCCACAGUUGAACAGAGCACUGAUACUGAUGCAGCUGAGAUAGAUUUUGUUGAUAAUCAGAAUGAUGAAGAUGAGGAUGAGGUGAAGAAGGAUCCCCUGCCUCAGAUGGAGCCGGAUGCCGUGAAGAGAAAAAAAGUCAAGAGUUUAAAUGAGGAUGAUCCACAUGAUCAUCAAAGUUUGGAAGGUCAAGUCCAGAAAAUGAAGAAUGAUAUCCUGGGUUUAAACUAUCCAGAAGAUAGUGAAGUGAAGGAUCCCCUGCCUCAGAUCGAGCUGAAGGCUGUGACAAGGAGAAAAGUUAAGACCAAGAGGAAGACCAGUGCCAACAGGCCCACAGUUGAACAGAGCACUGAUACUGAUGCAGCUGAGAUAGAUUUUGUUGAUAAUCAGAAUGAUGAAGAUGAGGAUGAGGUGAAGAAGGAUCCCCUGCCUCAGAUGGAGCCGGAUGCCGUGAAGAGAAAAAAAGUCAAGAGUUUAAAUGAGGAUGAUCCACAUGAUCAUCAAAGUUUGGAAGGUCAAGUCCAGAAAAUGAAGAAUGAUAUCCUGGGUUUAAACUAUCCAGAAGAUAGUGAAGUGAAGGAUCCCCUGCCUCAGAUCGAGCUGAAGGCUGUGACAAGGAGAAAAGUUAAGACCAAGAGGAAGACCAGUGCCAACAGGCCCACAGUUGAACAGAGCACUGAUACUGAUGCAGCUGAGAUAGAUUUUGUUGAUAAUCAGAAUGAUGAAGAUGAGGAUGAGGUGAAGAAGGAUCCCCUGCCUCAGAUGGAGCCGGAUGCCGUGAAGAGAAAAAAAGUCAAGAGUUUAAAUGAGGAUGAUCCACAUGAUCAUCAAAGUUUGGAAGGUCAAGUCCAGAAAAUGAAGAAUGAUAUCCUGGGUUUAAACUAUCCAGAAGAUAGUGAAGUGAAGGAUCCCCUGCCUCAGAUCGAGCUGAAGGCUGUGACAAGGAGAAAAGUUAAGACCAAGAGGAAGACCAGUGCCAACAGGCCCACAGUUGAACAGAGCACUGAUACUGAUGCAGCUGAGAUAGAUUUUGUUGAUAAUCAGAAUGAUGAAGAUGAGGAUGAGGUGAAGAAGGAUCCCCUGCCUCAGAUGGAGCCGGAUGCCGUGAAGAGAAAAAAAGUCAAGAGUUUAAAUGAGGAUGAUCCACAUGAUCAUCAAAGUUUGGAAGGUCAAGUCCAGAAAAUGAAGAAUGAUAUCCUGGGUUUAAACUAUCCAGAAGAUAGUGAAGUGAAGGAUCCCCUGCCUCAGAUCGAGCUGAAGGCUGUGACAAGGAGAAAAGUUAAGACCAAGAGGAAGACCAGUGCCAACAGGCCCACAGUUGAACAGAGCACUGAUACUGAUGCAGCUGAGAUAGAUUUUGUUGAUAAUCAGAAUGAUGAAGAUGAGGAUGAGGUGAAGAAGGAUCCCCUGCCUCAGAUGGAGCCGGAUGCCGUGAAGAGAAAAAAAGUCAAGACCAAGAGGACCAAGAGAAACAAAGUGGAGCAGAUCACUGAUACAGAUGCAGGUCCCUCUACAUCUGUGGAAUUCUCUGGGAUGACAGUUCAGGGGACAUCUCACCAGGGACAAUCUAAUGAGUGUGUCUCCAGGGCCUGUCAGACCAGGGCUCUUGACCUCCCGCCAAUCAAUCCGGAUGCUUUCAACCCGGUUAUCAUCCGGUUUCUGGAAAAACUUACUGAGGAGCAAUGGAGGCAGUUAAGCAUUGGCAGGAUGGACCCUGUGAUGAGGGCAUUGCUUGCAGAGAUGUGCCUGGAGAUUGUGCGGUUUGUAUCUGAGGCCAUCCUGGAGGUCAUCAUCCCUGCAAUUUUCCGUUUUGUACGGAUAUACAGCCAUGUGUCUCCAGUAUCCGGCAAGUCUCUGACAGAAUCAGAGAGAUCCUCUAGCACAAACCUGAAGGUUCGCAAGAGAGGCAGCAGCAAAUCCUCAAGGUCUUGCACGGCCAAAUCAAGCUCCUCUCGUAAUGGGUCUCAGACAUUGUUGCCAAAUACUCAGGGAGAUGGUGAGUCUAUUUCAUCUGAGCCACUCAGUGACUUUUUUGGGAUCACUGAGGACAGUCUCCUCACUGGUGUCCAGGAUUCCUUCAAAGAGUCGCUGAACAAUGUCCUCUGUAUCCAAAGAGAGGGCCAGGUAGACACUCAAAGUCUAUCCCGGGUUAUUGUUGGAGAAGUGUCAAAGAAAGUAAAUUCCAUCAUCUCUGUGGCCAUCCAAACUCCCAUCUCUGGGCGAAUGUCCCCUGUCAUUUUUGCCAGUGGUGGUGUCUCCAGCACCAAGGUGGUUGAGGAGAUGGUGUCUGGCAUUUCCAACAUACUUCAGAUGUACAUUAAUGGGAAGAGUGUUGAGCAGAGUGUUGUUCUCAGAGAGGAUGGUGUUGAGGUGGAUAUGACACAUUUAACAGGACAGGUCAUGACAGCCCUCAGUGGCACUGUUUUGAACUUCAGCAAUAAGGAGGAAAAUGAACCCGACAAGAGGGAACUGCUUUGUGUUGUUGCUGACCAUAUGAAGAGGCUUGAAGCUUGUAAAAGUCCUGAGGAGAUGCUAAAACAAGGAGAGAGCAACCUCAAUAUCAAAGGUACCAAAUCUAGUCUUUGUCUGUCAACACAAAGUAUGGACAGACUACUCACUGAGGAGUUUCAGACCAAGGCCACUGAAUCGAUCCGGGAGAUCGUUAAAAGAUUCAGGGGUUGUGCAUCAUGUUGUUCUGGCACUACAUCAUCUAGUCCAACUCCUAGGAUAGGUGAGAUCAGAGACCUUAUGAUUGACCCUGAGGCUUCUGAGUUGGUAAGUACCUUUGUUUCAGACAUGGACAAUCUUACCCAGUCUAUCAGGGCAUCCUGCUCCCCUGCACAGAGUGAGCAGAUCCUUCUUGAAAACCAUCAAAGUAAGAUCUGGUCUUACACUGUUGGUUGUUACUACGACAUGAAAAAUACGCUGAAGAGGCUCCUUACCUGUCCAGAAAAAGGGGAUCUCGCAAGUACAUUUGUGGAGAGCACAAAAGAUUCUUUCACAAUGGUUCCAACUUUGUGCCUGGACAUCGGUCAUUCCAGUAAUGGUGAGGCUGACACAUCGGACUCCAUUUCUUGUAAACCACUUUUAAUAACCUCCUCAUCUAUGAAUGAACAAAAAGGACAAAGUGAGACCCCAAAACCUCUCUUGGCUCUCAAAAAGUAUUUGCAAGACCAAGUUCUCCUUGACACCGCAAAAGCGAUUGCCAGCCAGGUUCUAGUCUUGUAUAAGACUGAGGUGAUGGAGAAGUUCUCAUCUUCUGUUGGAGAGUGUGAUUCUGAAGAGUCUCUGGAGGCCAUUCUAUUUGUGGAUGGCAUCAUGUCUGACUUGAAUGAUUUCACCAGUUCUUGUUCCGCCUCACCAUCUGAGUUGUUAGACAGUGAACAAUGUCUCUCCCAUCUCACUUUUCCACUUGGUCUGCAGGACAGCACCACCAACAGUGAAUCUACCCAGAGUCUUCCAGUUAUAAAUAUGAAGAAACUCUCCAGUGUGUCUUUCCAGACAAAGGCUAGAAAGGCAGUGAGUGAAGCUCUGAGAUCUGUCAACCCCUUUACAAACAGCUUACUGGGAGACUCGGAAGCAUCUAAAUUGCUGGACACUUUUGUAACAGAUGUGGAGACUAUUGUUCAGUCCAUGCAGGCACAUGACUCUGAAAAUUUCAAAAUGUCAAAAGUGAGCACCCUUUCUGCUGCUCGUAUUAUAUAUCAUAGAUUUCGAGAAAUGCUGAGGUGGUUUCUCACUCCCUGCCAAGACUCUGUAAAGGUCAUCGAUGGUGUUACACCAAUACAUAAUGAGACUCUCAAACAGGCUCCUAGUGAAAGUUUAGAUUCUCAGGUGACUUGUAGUAGUGAUUCUCUUGAAAUCCAAGCAGACCUUCAAACCUGUACCAAGGAGGUCAUUAGUCAGAUCCUCACUGUGUAUCACUCCGAGGAAUCCAUGGAGGAAUGCAUAUCUAGCCUAAAAGGAGAUACAGAAGACCUGUCCAAGCUUUUGGAUGCCGUUGUUUCUCAGAUUGACGUCCUUGCCGCCUCCAAAUCAUAUUUAUUUGUUUAUGACUAUGCUGUCAAUACACAGGACAAUUUGCAUGGUGAGAUCAACAAUAUUGAGGAGGAGGCAUCCUCUAGAAGUCUUAAAUCCACAGCCUUUGACAAACUAUGUACUGAGGAGUUUCAAACUAAAGCCUCACAUAUGGCUGGUGGGAUCCUUCAAUCAGGGUUAAUUGGCAUUGUAAAUACCAACCUUGAUGGUAGAAGUGUAGAGUCCAGUAAUGAAAGUGAUGUCAAAAUCCUUCAGAAGAGUGGAACUCCAUCUUUGUUCACCUCUUCUCUGCACACCAAUUCUGCAGCAUCCAACAUUGUCAUAAGCAUCACUAAAGACCUUAAUAGCUUCACCCAGAUGACUAAAAUGUCUGAUGCUUCAGUGUCUGGCCAGUUAGAGAGAUCCCUGUCAGCUUCAACCCUUCCUGUCAGUGUUCACAACGGGGCCAAUGUGAAAGGAAAGAUAAUUUGGCCAGGCACUGUUAACCUGUUCAACAAUGUGUUCACCAAGGUCAAGGAUUUUUUUGCCCAGCAACAACCGGUCCUCCUAGACAAUGUGGUUGAGGCCCCCAAACAUGCCGAAUCCAUAUGCAGAACAGCUACUUCUACACAAAUGACUUACAGUGAACAUGAAGGCAGCCAGACCAGCAUGGUAAAUUAUUCCAAAACCUUAAUUAGUCAGACUCUGAUGACAAUCCAGAGCAGAGUGUCUAUGUCAGAGAGGAUGAGCACCUCAGAGAAAGGCCUCUUGACUUGUUCCAUCGUGGGCUCCAUGUUGGAGGAUGUUGACAUGGUGAGAACUGAUGGAAAUGAGAUACACCGGCCAUCCUCCUCAAAGUCCUCCCUGUCCAUCACCUCUGCCAUGACCAGAGGGUCCCAGAGUGAUUUUACAAAUUCUCUUCCAGGCACUCCAGUCCCCAAUGAGUGGCCUGUUGAAAUCUAUUGUCCUAUCAUUAGGAGUUCGGUCAUUGAUAUGAGUGACUCCUCAACUCAUUCACAAGGGUCAACAAAUUACACAAGGCAAACCAUUUCUGCCAUAGUUAACACUGUUAUGGAGGUCAUUCCAAGAAAAGAUACGGAACACAUAGCAACUGCAGAUGAUGUCACUUCUUUUACAAGAAGACUUGCGAGACUCAGCCCCAGGGACGGUCUUCAGAACUUCUCACAUGAGCUCACUGACAAAGUUUAUGAGCUCAUAAAAAGUCACAACACCCCCCAGGCUCUUUUUGUGCCAGCUGGCAAGAGCGUGUCUGACUCUAUUCUUUUGAAGCUGAAGACAGGAUUGAAUGCUUCUGAAGAAUCCAGGGAGUUUCCAUCUGACCUUGUGUACUCCUUUGCUACGGAGUCAAUAAAACGUCUGCUACAGCAGAUUGUCUUCUGGCUUCCUCCACCAUCACAAGGAUCCGAUUUCUGCCAAACUGUCAUCUCUGAUGGUUCUCUGCAGGACACAAGUCAGCUUAUCCCGAGCUCUUCUGCCAUCUCCAUUAGUUCCUCACAGGUUUACUGUGACACAAAGAGCCUUUUCACCAAUAUAAUGGUCAAUCAGGUCAUGGAUACCUGUUCUGUGGCCUCCAGUUCAUCAGAAGAAUUAUCAGAGUUGAUGAACAUAAUCAAUGGGUUGUCCCCAACUGAUGCUGGAACACUUGACUCUGACAGACCGGCUCUCAUGACCACUAGCCGUCAGUCUAGUGCCAAAUCAUUGCCUAGAACCUCUCUGUCUGGCAGCAGCAGCACACACAACGGUGGAACUGUGGAUAUUCAAGUUUUAGGAGAGGUGGAAUCCAAGAUGGACAACAAAGAUCUGGAGAUGUGUAGUGUCUCUGUGUAUCCAUCAACUCCAUCAGCCAUGGACUCUGAUACACAUGCAUCAUUUGACUCCACUAGCAAUGACUACACCUCUUUGGUACUUUUACUGAUUGUUAGAUUGCUGUCAAUGAUCACCCCUAUCACAUUACUGGAAUCCUCUGACAUUGGUGAAACAUCAAGAGUUCUCACAAAGAGGAUUCUGUCUGAGUUCUGUGGCACCUCAGGCCUUGAACCAACUCAAGCCUACCCCCAGAAUCUGAAAAUCAAAAGAUUUUCAAGGCUGUCUACAAGGGGCUUCUUCAAGAAUUUGGGUCAGAGAAGAUGCUCCAGGUUGCAAUGAAGUCAACGGAUUAUGCAUUUGACGAUGCCCUGGUCAAAUCAUUAACUAGGGAACUACUAACUAAAUGCAAUGAGGCUAGCUCUUCACCUCCCUCCAUGACCCAGUUGUCAUCACACAAUGCACUUGGCAGUGACGAGGUAGGUAAUUCUGGGCUUCCAACAACUGGUAGAAAGGAAAAGAAGAGAGGAAGAUUCAGCUCUCUCUGUGGACUCAACCCAAAGGUACAUAUGUCAUCAAAAUACAAAUUAUAAAGAUUAUUUUUAUUCAUUACGUACAGUAUGAUGGUAAACACUGAUACCUUUUGUGUGCAAUUUCUCCUACUGUACAAAUGACUGUUUGUUACCCAGU